UCAUAUUUUAAUAAAUUAUUACAAGUGAUAAAUAUGGAACUGCUAAUUGUUAAAAAAAAAGUUAUAAAUUUUUUAUUUUUGAGCAAUUGUGUCGCAACUGCGAUUUCGCUAAUUGUAUUGUAUUGUCUGAUUUCACCAUUAAAAUUAGUUUCAUAUUCAUAUUUUACUAAAUUGGACAAAAUUUUCUUAGCUUCGCUUGUCAAAAUUAUCAGUGUUUGGUUGACGUUAUGCUAUAAAGUGAAAGGUUAUCGGUUUGGUCCUGAUCCAAGUUCAGUUAUCGAUUUAUCAUCACCAUCCGUAAAAGUAUUGUUUAUUUCUAACCAUCAAACAAUCAUGGAUUCUCUAAUUUUUCAUUCGAUAUUUCUCGAUAAUAAGUUUGUAAAAUUCGUUAUUGUUUGGAGUAAAUAUUAUCGCUAUAAGGCUAAUGGACUAAUUAAUAAAAUACGAAAUGAUUUUGGUGUUGAUUCGAGUUUCAAGAAAGGUGAUUUCGUUGAAUACUGGGCGCUGAACUCGAGAAAUUACAAAACUAUUGUUCUUUGCCCGGAAGGUGGAUUUAGAAGUACAUACUCGGAAUCAAGUUUCAGAUAUGCUGAGAAAAAUGGUUUACCCCAAUUGACCAGAACUGUUUGGCCUCGAGCUCGGGCUUUUCUCGAUAUUGUUGAUAAAAGAAAUGGUUUCACUCAUAUUAUUGAUGCUACAAUAAUAUAUGAUAAUAUCGAUAAACUUACCAGAAAUUUGUUUCUUCAUACAGAGCAGUUAAUGGGCAGUUCUUUCUAUUCUGUGAUCAGAGUAUUCGAGAUCAUUGAUGACGAUAAAAGUGAGACAAUCAACGAUUAUGACCAAAUAGUCAACGAUUUUAAUAAAAUACAAUCAUUAGAAACAGUUGAACAAUCAGAUUGUGUUUACAGAGUACCAAGAAGUAAAUUAAACGAAUCGUGGUUACAACAGUUAUGGUUAAGUAAAGACUUGAUGAUGAAUUCAUUUUACCAAGACAAGGAAAAUUUCGUUGACAAAUUCAAGCCUAAUUGUUACAAUCAAAUCAAUUUAUUUCGUAUCAUGAAUUUCUUGCUCGCCAAUGCAGUCUACAUCCCAGUGGGAUCAGCAACAAUAUACCUCAUUUAUUUAUCAAUUGUUGCGAUUUUUAAGAUUUUAAUUUGGUAAAUUCAUCAAACUCACCAAUCAAGAGAGAUCAUUAAAUAGCUAAUUGUUGGCUGUAAUUAAUUAUUUAGUUAGUUUGAGUUUAAUUUAUUAAAUGUGUGGUUUUUAUGGCUACGAAAUUGUUUAAUGUAUUGAUCGAAUUGUUUCACUCUAUCAAACAAAAUGCUCUUUUUCCAUAUUAAUCAACAUUGUCACAUUUGAGCUCAUUGAUCAAAUCAACUUGUAACUUGAAAUUUAACUUCAGUACUUGAAAAUUAACAAAUCGUAUUCAUUAACCAUCAACUUAUAAAUUGUUGUAAAUAUAAAAUUUAUUAAUAAACAACGAAUGUUAUUAAUGAUUAUUAAGAUAAUUGAUUUGAAAUGUAAAUUGUUUUCAAUUGUAAUUGUAGUUUUUAACCAAAUUGAUAUUUGAUUAAGGUUGU